UCGGCGGCGUGGCGUGGGCGGACGGACGGUGGUUGCAAGCGCUCGUGACAUUUCCAGCAGUGAGAAAAAUAACAUCAAUAACUUACUCUGUCUUGAAGUAAGGGAAAAGACAAGGGUUUACAAAGGGUGGUGGUGUGAAGGGGCUGACUGGCUGACUAACUGGCUACCUGACUCCCUGCCUGGCUAACUUUCCACGUGUCUCAACAAGUUCGCGGUUCUUCGUGUGUUUUCUCUGUCUCCUCCAGCAAGAUGUUGGUGUUUGCUGACUUGCUCCUGCCUCUGUGCCUCGUUGUGACAGCCGGGUCCCAGGUGGCCUACGUGGACCACUACCAGUACACCGGUGUGGACUACGAGGAGGAGGAGAGCAGGAAUGAGGCCACGCCAGUCUUCACAGCCAAGGGACAAAGGUUCUCAGUGGAAAUAGGAGGCGAGAUCACGUUUCCCUGCCAAGUGGAGAACCAAGGUAAAUACGUGCUGAUGUUCAAGCAAGCGCUGCCAGACGGAGAGCAGUUGAUGUUGUUUGUGGGCAACCUCACGCUGAAGCCCUCAAUGCGCCUCAGCAAGGUCGGGAACUCCUUCACUCUUAGUGGUGUGCGUAGGAGUCACGCUGGCCGCUAUGUGUGUCGAAUAGAGACUUCACCAGCUAUUGAAGUCACCCACACUCUUGAUGUCCAGUACCCAGCCUCGGUGCGGCGCGUGGGAGAGACAGUGCGGCAGGUGUUAAAGGGCUCCACCGUAACCCUGGAAUGUGUGACAGACGGCAACCCACCCGCUGCUAUCACCUGGAGCCACCAACGCGCCCACCUGCCCCCCGGCGUGCAGUCCAGCAAGCAGGGCCAGAGCACCAUCACCCUGGAGAACGUAGACAAACACCUGGAGGGCACCUACACCUGCACGGCCUCCAACGGUGUGGGGGGGCCUUCGUCGGCGUCCACCACCAUCCAGGGUCGAAUACCCACCGGAAGUAUACACGGAGCAGGCGAUCGUGCACACGGGGGAGGGGGACCUGGCGCAACUGGUCUGCCUCGUGCAAGGGCGGCCCGCUCCUGUAGUGACCUGGACAAAGGGCGGGAGAGCAGUGGACCCCCAGCGACACAUUGCUUCUCACAACGGACGGCGCCACCACUCUCUCACCAUCAGCGGCGUCACCAGUGAGGACUUCGGGGACUACACCUGCACAGCGGAGAGCACCCUCGGCAAGAACAACGCUACCAUAAUGCUAACAGGAUUGCCCCGCACGCCGCGCAUCACGAGCAGCCCAGCGGGGGUGAGAAGACUUCCUACACCCUCACUUGGGAGACGGAGACCUUCACGCCCAUCCUUAUGUACCGCCUGGAGUACCGCGAGAGGGUGGAGGAGCACAGGGAGAACACAGUGCGGCAGCCUGCGAGACCGUGGAACAUCCGGCUCUUCUCAGACAAGUCCUCGCCGCGGGGCCUGGCGGGCAACGUGCAGCACAUGUCCCACGCUAUCGAGGAGCUGCAGCCGGCCAUGGACUACGAGGCCACGGUGGCGGUGGAGAACAAGUUUGGCUGGUCCAACGAGUCUGACGUGUUCCACUUCUACACCAGGAAAGAGAUGGCGGUGGGGCAGUCAACGAGUGGGGGUCAGAGGGGAACCAGCGCCCCAGUUAACCUCCUCCUCCUCCUCCUCCUUCUCGUCUUCCUCUCAGGACAUCACUCUUAAGAUCUUCUCCCUAACUCGUCUUUGUGACCUUGAGGAGGUGACACGCACGCCAUCUAGUGAGUGUACGCGGAGUCUCGUGCCUGGAGUGUGGGUCUACGUGGCAGUGUGUGUGUGUGUGUGUGUGUGUGUGAUAAGAAAUACUGAUGAGAGAAUAGCUGGAAUUUAUUAUGGAAGAUAUAGAGAAAGAUAUGCAUACGUACUAGUGUGUGUGUGUGUGUGUGUGUGUGUGUGUGUUUUUGUUAAGGUGAACGAACAUUUAAGGUAAUUUUCUUUUUCUUUCGCCACUCUUCAGUCUUGUGAGAAUGUUAUUAGCUUUUUUUUUCUUUAAUGUGUAAUAAAUGAAGGGUUAUUUUUUUUUUUGUAAAUAUGAUCUUAUAUUUUAGAACGUGUGAAGAGUGGGGGAAAAAAUAGCAAGAGAAUUAUGUUAAGUGUUCAUUGUGGCUAUGUUUCCUUCAACAACAACAACAACAACUCAAAUAAAAAUAGCAAUACAAACAACAACAACGACAACAACAACAACAACAACAACAACAACAACAACAACAACAACAACAACAGCAACAACAACAAUCAUCUAUCAUUGUAAAUAUACUGUGUACUAUUACUAUAACCACACAACUAUGAACUAAGAGUAUGUACUAUUCAAACUAUAAAUAUAUGGUUGUAUGUAUGUAUGUAUGCAUGUAUGUAUGUAUGUAUGUAUGUAUGACUCAUUGAUUUAUUUAUAUCAAUGUUUUUCUUUUUAUUGACUAUGUAUAUAUUUUUGUAAAAGUCAUCAACGUACUGAGCAAUUAUUAACAUUUUUUAGCACCAGGAAAAAAAAAA